GAUUCCGUCUGACGUUGAGCUCAGAGGGCUAAGGUCGAGCGGCAUCCACUCCCAGCAGCUGCAGAUAGAUGGAUUCAAUCAGAGUUUCAAAGGUGGAAAAGGUACUAUGUGGCAAAUCAGGCAGGGCUCAUUAUGGGUCACUCCACCUUACUGCUCAUCACCUUAUUUUUCGGUAUGAGGAUUCUGAGAAAGAGGAGAUGUGGGUACCUUACCCGCUGAUAUCUCUUGUAUUGAAGCUCCCGCAAACCCUGUAUGGACAGAGCCCGUUAACGUUUCACACUCGUAUGUUUGAAACAUUUUCGCUGUCCUUCGAGAAGGAACGGGACGCUCUAGAUGUAUUCGAAAGUGUCAAAGAGCUAACCGUGUGCACCUCUGUCAACCAGCUGUAUGCUUUCUUCUACGCCCCUAACCCGCCCUUUGAUGCUACGGGGGGAUGGUCCCUUUACUCUCCAAGAGAAGAAUUCGGCCGUAUGGGGGUUGGAACUCGUACAAAAGCUUGGCGUUUCACUGAUAUUAACAAGGAUUACGUUUUCUCGCCUACCUACCCAUCACGGCUGGUAGUCCCGUCUCGCAUCAGCGACUCGACGUUGCGAUACGCUUCCAAAUACCGCAGCAAAUGUCGGGUACCUGCGCUGACCUACUUGCACUGGGCAAACUUUGGCAGCAUCACAAGAUCAAGCCAGCCGAUGGUGGGCAUCAAGCAGAACCGCUCACUUCAAGAUGAGAAGCUCGUUGAAGCUGUGUUUCAGUCUCAUCAUUUCUCGGAAUCGCGCCCAUCUGGACCGGUUUACGGUGCCACUAGCACAAAUUUGAUAGUUGAUGCACGGCCCACUGCCAAUGCUGUGGCUAACACAGCCAAAGGUGCAGGCACAGAAAACAUGGACAACUACAAGGACGCCAAGAAGGUGUAUUUGGGCAUAGACCACAUACAUACUAUGCGCGAGGCCCUUGCCAAGGUGGUGGAUGUAUUACGCGAGGCAGACAACGUUGCUGCGAGUGUUACAGGCAGCCUGCCUGGAGAAGCACAACAACUUGUGGUAGUCGACCGACAGGCGCUACGUCGUUCUGGAUGGCUCAAACACAUAUCGAAUAUAAUGGAGGGUGCAGCUCUCAUUGUCCGAAACAUUCACAUUAAUUCGUCGCAUGUCCUCGUUCAUUGCUCAGAUGGCUGGGAUCGAACGUCUCAGUUAUCUGCCUUGGCCCAGCUAUGCUUGGAUCCCCACUACCGUACCAUUCGAGGCUUCCAGAUACUCAUCGAGAAAGAUUGGGUGUCCUUUGGGCACAAAUUUCUUGACCGGUGCGGGCACCUCUCCUCCGACAAAUUCUUUACCUCGUUACCGGAAACUGGGGGGACGAGUAGUGGUGCCGAUGCGGCGCAGGCCUUCUUGGUUUCUGUCCAGAAUCGAUUUACGUCCCAGAGUCACCUGAAAGAGACGAGCCCAUGUUUUCACCAAUUCCUGGAAUGCGUUCGUCAGCUGCAGCGGCAGUAUCCAUCUCGCUUUGAGUUUAAUGAACGCUUCCUUCGCCAACUGCUAUAUCACCUCUAUUCGUGCCAAUUCGGCAACUUCUUAUACAAUUGUGAACGAGAACGACGAACUGGUGAAGACGGCGUUACUCCCUCAGAGCGGGCAGCUUGCAUUUGGGACUUUUUCAACUCGACAUCGGAGCUAGAGCAAAACAAGAAUGACGCAUACGAUCCCUCUUUGGAUGAUCCCUCCAGUAGAGAUCCUUCAGCUGACAUGGGUGUUAUUUAUCCGAACGCCAAGGAUAUUCGUUUUUGGCAUGAGCUUUAUGGCAGGACCGAGGAGGAGAUGAAUGGGAGGAUAAUCGUUUAUCAGACGAAGGAGGGUCCGGAAUUUACAUCUCCAAUAGAUUCCCUGGAGGAUGAUCCUGUUAAUUCAAUCAGUAUUCCCGCAGGAAUACCGCUUCCACCGUCACCUGCCAGAACGCCAAACCUUUCGAAUCCUUCUAUUGUGCCAUCCAACCCUGGGAAUGCAUCUGAAACGCUGACUUCAGGCCUUCGCGGACUAUGGUCUUCGUUACCAGACAUUCCUCAGAGAAUGACUGCAGAUAACAUCGCAGCUCCGUCUCCCGCAUCACUGCGGCCUUCUGGCCCUCCCCUUCGACCAUCAUCUCCAGGGAGCAAUCCUUUACAUUCGGCUCGCUCUCGGACUGCGCAUCCCGCGGAUACAUUUUACAACACCGGAGUAAGAUCAGUGUGGGGAAAAUUAUCCUCGAAUGCUACCGCAGCAUUCUCAGCGAUGCAGGACGCUUAUGACGGAGUUGCAAAGGACUUCAAAGCAUUACCGAAGCCAUCAGGAGAUAACGAAAAUGCUCAAGGAAAAAUCUCCGAAUUCCAGCCUCGUGAGCGCCUUGGAGAUGAAGAACACCCUGCUUAUCGUAUAACCAGCCAAUCACAUUCAGUCGGCUCAUCACACAACCCUUGGGAUAAUGUGAAAUCCCAGAAGACUAUACAUGUCCUCCCCUCGGAUAAUCCCUGGAGUACUACUAGGUCAAGGUCACCUAGACAGGCUUCCUUGUCACAAGAUCUCUUUGAUGGGAAAUUAUUGCCGCUUGACCCAACAGUCGCACAUCCGCCUCGUCGCCUAGAGUACGGAGACUCGUCAGGAUUCCGAAUAUCUGGGCAGAGCCACGAUGGCGUACCCCAUCUCACGGUUGUGUCUGAUGAGAGCCUUGUUUUAGAACAGGAAGAUCAAGCUCCCUCGACAAAUACAGAUCCUCUUGGUGUAGGAUUUUUGUAAUAGUAAUCAAUUCGCUUGGCUAUCAUCUACUAUCAGGACCCACGGUGAAUUAGGUUAUGCCACGUCUGAGUCUGCUAUCUGUCCUGUUUUUGAGGACGUAACCUGGUAUUUUUUGGUAAGGGGAUGGCAGAAGGUGGCAGAAGGAUGGCGUGAUGCCC